AUGGCGUCAUCGUUAGCCUCCUCUUCUAUUCAUGGUGGUGUAGCCGAUAUAAUUCGAAAGCGGUUCACUCCAGCAGAAGGAGAGGAACUUCCAGAACAGCAGAAAGCGAUCCUUGACAAAUUGGAAGACUGCAAGUCAGGAGAAGGCCCAUUCAGUUCACUCAUUUUGUCCGAACUGGAAAAGAUUAGAGAGAAGGAGGAAGAGGAACUGGCAACGCAGCAGAGAGAAGAAUUCACAAAGUGGCAUAAACGACGACAGGAAUUGAUAAAGGCCCAAGCGGACCGCCUUCUGCUGAAGGUUCGUGCCGAAGAGAUCGGAAAAGAACUGGCUGAACUCGAACACUAUGAAGAAAAACUAAGUUUCUUCGAAAAUCGUUUGAAAUGGGAGAAGCAGGCCGCUCAGAACGCUGAAAUUGCUGAACAAACCGCUCCGAAAGAAGCUGAAGCCGAGAAAUAG